ACUUUAACAUCACUUCCCAUCGACCACCUCCCACCCCUCCGACUCCUCACCACCAGCUUCAGACGCUGUCGAAUACCAUCUCGCUUUUACGAUCCGUGAAUCGCGCGAGCUAAUUUCAUCUCUUCCAGCUAUCAUUUGACCACCUCAAUUCCUCUCCCCACCGCUACAUAAUUCACAAUGGAGGAAGAAGUUGCUGCCCUCGUCAUUGACAAUGGUUCGGGUAUGUGCAAGGCCGGUUUCGCCGGUGACGAUGCGCCCCGUGCUGUCUUCCCUUCCAUUGUCGGUCGCCCCCGUCACCAUGGUAUCAUGAUUGGUAUGGGCCAGAAGGACUCCUACGUCGGUGAUGAGGCACAGUCCAAGCGUGGUAUCCUUACCCUCCGCUACCCCAUCGAGCACGGUGUCGUCACCAACUGGGACGACAUGGAGAAGAUUUGGCACCACACCUUCUACAACGAGCUCCGUGUCGCUCCCGAGGAGCACCCCGUCCUGCUGACGGAGGCCCCCAUCAACCCCAAGUCCAACCGUGAGAAGAUGACCCAGAUCGUCUUCGAGACCUUCAACGCCCCCGCCUUCUACGUCUCCAUCCAGGCCGUCCUGUCCCUGUACGCCUCCGGUCGUACCACUGGUAUCGUGCUUGACUCUGGUGACGGUGUCACCCACGUUGUCCCCAUCUACGAGGGUUUCGCCCUGCCCCACGCCAUUGCCCGUGUCGACAUGGCUGGUCGCGACUUGACCGACUACCUCAUGAAGAUCCUGGCUGAGCGUGGCUACACUUUCUCCACCACUGCCGAGCGUGAAAUCGUUCGUGACAUCAAGGAGAAGCUCUGCUACGUUGCCCUCGACUUCGAGCAGGAGAUCCAGACCGCCGCCCAGAGCUCCAGCCUGGAGAAGUCUUACGAGCUUCCUGACGGUCAGGUCAUCACCAUCGGCAACGAGCGCUUCCGCGCCCCCGAGGCCCUCUUCCAGCCCUCCGUUCUCGGCCUCGAGUCCGGCGGUAUCCACGUCACCACCUUCAACUCCAUCAUGAAGUGCGACGUCGAUGUCCGUAAGGACCUGUACGGCAACAUCGUCAUGUCUGGCGGUACCACCAUGUACCCCGGUCUCUCCGACCGUAUGCAGAAGGAGAUUACUGCUCUUGCUCCUUCUUCCAUGAAGGUCAAGAUCAUUGCUCCUCCCGAGCGCAAGUACUCCGUCUGGAUCGGUGGUUCCAUUCUCGCGUCCCUGUCCACCUUCCAGCAGAUGUGGAUCUCCAAGCAGGAGUACGACGAGAGCGGUCCCUCCAUUGUCCACCGCAAGUGCUUCUAAGCGCUUCGCGUCCCAAUUCCUCCUCCCUCCCUCACCGCAAAACCACGCCGAGUCCACGAAGGUCGCGACCGAUGCAGAGUCUGUCCCGGUGGGAUGGCACGCAGUCCGAGUCUCGUAUCUACGAAAAGUUUUUGACAUGGUCAAGAAAUUGGGGUCGACGUUUCUCACAGGCGAUAUGGUCUUUGUUCAGUAGCAGGGUGUGCGCGCACGGUUAGGGGUGGAACUCGUCAAUCGAGGUUGAUCAUCCAAUACACUUUGCUUUCAGCCCUUCUUUACUUGCGAGGACCUACCAGCCUACGUGGCCAUGGUUCAUGAAUCGAGUCAUAGAAAUCCUUCAGGAAUAGGAUCAAGGUUCUAUUUCAUUUUGAUGUCUAUUUG